AUGCAAGGCGGUUACUUGGGUACUUGGACCAAUUUCCUACAGGCUUGACCCAUUCAUCAUGUAGCUGUUUAUGAUCAAUGUCAACCCUGAUCAUCAGAAGGAGCAAUUACUUUCGUCAUCCCAUAAUUUCACCUAUAGAGCAUCAGAUAGUAGAUGGACUCCUUUUUGAGUAGCUUCUUUGUUGUUCAAUUGCACUGAUUAUAUGACCUAGUGAUUAAGUCUUUUUGGUCAAAUAUAUAUUUUUUGAACUGAAGGAAAUUAGCACUAUUGGGGGAUAGGGAACUAGGGGAUUUGAACCCUGGUGGCAUGGAUGGAGCACCCACAGGGUGACCAUCCAGGCACGCAGGCUAUGGGCUAGGGUUCUUUCUUCAAAUAUUUUUAGGAAUCUGUUUGAAGUUGAUUUAGGACACAUUUCAAGUAUGAAAAUAUGUCUUAAUGAAUAUGAUGCAGGGUGUGAGGAAUAUUCUAAAUUAUCUAGGAUUCUAUUAUAAUUAUGAAUAUUUAGGAAUUAAGUUAUAAGAUAUGAUGUAAUUAGGCAAGGGAAAAAUUCUACAAUACAACUGUUGUACAUCCUCUGUGGUAUAACAAGCCAAUUAAAUGUUAGCACGUAAACAAAAGUGGACCCCUUUCUCACUCGGAACUAUGUGAAAUUGUGAAUCAGUAUGCAACCCACUUUUAAUGAUGUGUCAAAUUGUCACUGAAGAUGAGUUGAAAUUAUUGCUUCUAAAAACCUAGUUCUUUUGUUCUUUCUCAUCAUUGCUUCUAUUUUCUCUCCUGGUUCUACAUAGAAAUUGAGAAAUUUCAAUAAACUUCUAGUUUUUCUCUUCCUUUCCUCUCUUUGCUGUGUGUUACAUCCAUGUCAUUGAGAUCUUGAUUAUUGCAAUGUUGCUUGUGUAUAAUUGGCUUGUGAUUAUAUCAUUAUAGCUUGAAUUUGGCAUAUAUUUUCUGGUAUAGCUAGGCCUCUGAAGGGAACUUUUAUAGUUUUAUCCAUUGCUUCCUUUUGUUUGCCAACUGGCCACUUGCAUGAUUUAUAGCUAUGAUCUAUAAAUGGCAUAUUUCUUUGGAAAUCACAACCCCAUCUCGGAAAUCUCUUGUUUUCAUGCUGAAAUUGCCAUUGUAGCCAAGCUAUCCCCGUAUGCCAUCUGUUCGGAAGGGUUGCGUGUUUCGGCGGUUUAUCAGGUUAAUAAUAUUUACUGGACUCAUAGGUUUUAUAAUAGAACAGUAUAUAAAUCCUAUUGUUAAGAAUUCCCAGCAUCCCCUAAAAGGGAACCUCUUAUAUGCUUUAGAGAGAGUUUUGAAGCUUUCAGUUCCAAAUUUGUACGUGUGGCUCUGCAUGUUCUACUGCUUUUUUCACCUCUGGUUGAAUAUACUUGCUGAGCUUCUUCGUUUUGGGGAUCGUGAGUUCUACAAAGAUUGGUGGAAUGCAAAAACUGUUGAGGAGUAUUGGAAAAUGUGGAAUAUGCCUGUCCACAAAUGGAUGGUUCGUCAUAUCUAUUUUCCAUGCCUAAGGAAUGGGAUACCCAAGGGACUUGCCAUUUUUAUUGCCUUCUUUGUUUCUGCUGUAUUCCAUGAGUUAUGCAUUGCUGUUCCUUGCCACAUAUUUAAGUUUUGGGCAUUUAUUGGAAUCAUGUUUCAGGUAAGAGCUUUCAAAUUUCAGCUAUUACUAAGUCAGUGGACUCUUCGCCUAGAUGUGACCUAUAUUUUUCUCAUAGGAUGAAGAUCAAUGAUUAUAGUAAUUAUUUAACAUUUUUAUUUGUCAUGAUGUAGCAAGAACUAAUUGGUGAAAAUGAUAUUUGCUAAAUCUUUUCUUUUUUUACUUUCUUCCUUCUUCAAUUUUUGAAUCAGGUUCCUUUGGUCUUGAUCACAAAUUUCCUGCAAAACAAGUUCAGAAACUCAAUGGUGGGGAACAUGAUCUUCUGGUUCUUUUUCUGCAUCCUUGGCCAACCAACGUGCGUGCUUCUAUACUACCAUGAUUUAAUGAAUCGCAAAGGGAAAACCCAGUAACCUCCUUCCCGUGUAACUAUAGCGCAGAUUAGUUGGUACCUGCUUUGUCAAUUGCCACAGUUGCUGUUUGUGUUUAUUCUCUUACAAGCUAACUCAGUAACUCUUCUGGCAUCUCAUUGCUUCUGGUUGUAUUUUGUUUCCAUGUAUGAUGCCGCCUUCUGCUGAGAUAUUGCGGUCCAUUACCGAUAUGUGUUCAACUGCGAGGCAGACUCUGGUAAAUGCACAAGCAAUCUUUGUGAUUACCAAGUCACUAGCAGUGCCACAAUGAUAGUACCUGUUUUCUUUUUCU